AUGCUCACCAGGCUGGGUCACGGUCUGCUACUACUAUGUCUACUUACCAGCCAUGCCAAUGGCAGCACACAUCCAUGGCUGAAUACAUCUCUUGCUGCAGAAGAGCGUCUGCAGUCUUUCCUUGCACAGCUCAGUGUCGCGCAGAAAUUUAACAUGACGCAAGGAGACCAAUCGCUCGAGACAGACCAGUGCAUUGGUUUCGUCGCCGGUAACACAUCCUUAGGAGUCCCAUCUGUCUGUAUGGGUGAUGGCCCAGCAGGAGUUGGCAAUAACUUAAACAACGUCACAGCUUUUCCGGCUUCUGUCCUAAUUACUUCGAGUUGGGACCCGGAGCUGUUCUACCUCUUCGGCCAAGCGCUGGCACAAGAGCACCGGUCCAAAGGACGAAACGUAGUGCUCGCGCCGACAAUUAACAUCGUGCGAACGCCUCUCUGGGGCCGCGCUGCUGAAUCGAUGUCUGAAGACCCAUAUCUCAAUGGCCGCAUGGCCGUGGCUGCAGUGCAGGGUAUCCAGUCGCAGCAGAUGAUUGCGUGUCCCAAACACUUUGCCGCAUACAACCAAGAAACAAACCGCUUCGGACUUGCGCCUGAGUUUGAUGCCAUUGAUGUUCGCGUCGACGAGCGCACGCUACACGAAAUCUACCUCCCGGCCUUCAAAUCAGCGGUGCAGGACGGCCAUGCAGGGUCAGUAAUGUGCUCGUAUAACAAGCUCAACGGUAUGCACGCCUGUGAGAAUCCAUGGUUGUAUGACCGACUCAAGAAUGACUGGGGAUUUACCGGGUUUGUUGUGACCGACUGGUACUUUGCGCAGCGCACAACCGUCGCCGCAGCAUUGGCUGGUCUCGAUAAUAGCCAGCCGGGGGGUUCGUUGAUGGAUCUCUAUGGAUUUCCGGAUUUCUUUGGAGAGAUGCUUGUUGAAGCAGUCCAGAAUGGCUCUGUGCCGUUCUCGCGUGUCGAAGAUAUGGCUGCCAGGCUGUGGCGUCCAAUGUUUGAACUAGGCGUUGUCGACAGACCAGUCGAGGGCAAUGAGACUACCAUGGCGAGGUCCCAAGCCCAUCUUGAUCUUGCCCAACGCCUAGUCGAAGAGGGCUCUGUUCUGUUGAAGAACAACCACGAAACUCUGCCGCUGCAAAAACACAAGUAUCGCUCUAUCGCCGUCUUUGGUGCCGACGCAACAAGUAAGAUUCAAUACAGUGAGAAGCACGGCGGCUUUGUCAUUGAUAGUACCACCGUUGUCCAGUCCCCUCUUGAUCAUAUCAAGAAGCGUGCUUCUCAAGAAGGUAUUUCAGUCACGUAUUCAGAAGCGUAUCCAGGAACAGACACGUUCGCUACGGUGCCAUCACACAUGUUUGGCAAGUCCGGGCUCAAUGUGACUUACUGGACAACAGUAAACUGGACAGGAUCAGUUAACCGGACUAUCAAAGCGGACAAUAUUACUCUAGAAGACUAUCCCGUCGAACUCGGUGCUACCUCACCAGAUGUCUUCUCUUCUAGCUACGAAGGAACCUUCUACCCGAACACCACUGGUCUAUAUCAUUUCUCACUCUAUGGCAACGGAAAUGCACUGCUAUAUCUAGACGGAAACCUGACGGCCAAUCUUAAUGGGAGCAAUUUCGGCAUGGUUGUCCAGGGCAUUGCUUCCCUUUCCAAGAACCAUCCCGUGUCCAUUCGUCUCGAUUAUUCCAUGGGCACGUCUGUUGACACUGGUGCGUAUGGUGUCAGCCUAGGGGUCAAUGUUGCUUCACCAGAGCGAUACCCCGAUGCAAUCGCCACCGCUAGAGAAUCCGAUGUGAGCAUCGUGUUCGUCAGCGACCAGCAUACCGAAGGCCUAGACAGCAACCUCGGUCUACAGCUUCCAGGUGAUCAGAAUGAGCUUAUUUCGCUCCUUGCCGCGCAUAGCAAGCGAAUCAUUGUCGUUCUCAAUACCAAUAGCGCUAUCCUUAUGCCCUGGCUAGACCACGUCGAUUCCGUUGUCGAAACAUUUUACCCUGGACAACAAGCCGGUCCAGCUCUGGCACGUUUGCUGUUUGGGGACGUCAACUUUUCCGGAAAACUCACCGUGACGUUUCCUCAGUCUAUUGAAAAUACCCCAACUUUCCCAACAGAACGCUUUCCAGGCGUAGACUUGGUGGCAAAUUACUCCGAAGGGCUGUAUGUGGGAUACAGGUGGUACGACGAGUUCGGUGUCGAGACAUUGUUCCCAUUUGGCUAUGGUCUGUCAUACACUAACUUCCAGUUCUCUAACUUGUCCAUUGACAAACGAGUUAUCAAUAAAACCGACUUCGUAGUCGAAGCGAGUUUCCGUGUCCACAACUCUGGACCGGUAGCUGGCAAAGAAGUUGCACAGCUUUAUAUCACGUUUCCGGAAGAAGCCAAGGAGCCACCCAAGGUAUUAAAGGGGUUCCAAAAGACAGCUAUCAACGUGUCAGAAACAGCGCACUUAGAUUUCUCGUUGGCAAAGGAGGACUUGAUGAUUUGGUCUGAAAACACUGGAAACUGGGAUUUCGUGCCGGGAGUAUACACUAUUAGCGUGGGGAGUUCUUCACAAGAUAUACGAUUAGAGAAGACGAUUGUGCUGUAA